AGUUCCGCUGCCUGGGUGAAGUGGAAGAAUUGCAGACCCGCCUCCCGCCGCGCCGCCGGCGUAAGACGCGGGCGCUAGUGACUGGUCCGACUCGUCCGAGGGGUGUACGUGCGGCCUCGGAACCGCUCCAAAAGAACCGAUCAGUGCUUGGGCGCCGGCUGCCCUCGCCUGACUUUGGGAACCCCGCCUCGCGCCCUCUCACUGUAUGGGGCGUCACAGCCGCCGGGCGAUGGGGCGUGCCUGCAGUCUUCCGCAAUGGAGCUGGCGGAGCCGUCCCUGCUGGACGCGCUCUCCUACUUGGAGUGUGCCCUAGGCAUCCUGAUCUUCGUGCUGCUCAAGCUGGUGGGCUCGCCUUAUGGGCGCUACGCGUCGCAGCACUCAGCCUGGAGACUGGCUGCGCCCACCGCCUGGGCGUUGCAGGAGCUGCCCUCGUUGGCCGUGCCGCUCUUUUUGUGCGCUGGCACACCUGCCGAGCGCUUACGCAGGUGGCCCAACCGCAUCCUCCUGGCUAUGUUCAUCGUCCACUAUGUGCAACGGUCCUUGAUUUUCCCAUUCCUGAUCCGAGGAGGGAAGCCUACACCACUGUACUCAUGUGUAAUUGCGUUCGUGUUCUGUACCUAUAAUGGCUACGUGCAAAGCAGAUACUUAAGCCAAUACGCAGAGUAUGCUGAUGACUGGGUCACUGACCCCCGGUUCCUAACAGGUUUUGCCCUGUGGGCAGCAGGCAUGCUGAUCAACAUUCACUCAGACCACAUCCUAAGGAAUCUCAGGCAGCCAGGGGAGACUGGAUACAAAAUUCCAAGGGGAGGCUUAUUUGAAUACGUAAGUGCAGCCAACUACUUCGGAGAACUGGUUGAGUGGUGUGGCUAUGGCCUGGCCAGCUGGUCUGUUCAAGGCGGGGCUUUCGCUCUGUUUACCUUUUGUGUUUUACUCCCCAGAGCACAAGAGCACCACCAGUGGUACCUUCAGAAAUUUGAAAAUUAUCCGAAAUUCAGAAAAAUUCUAAUUCCAUUUUUAUUUUAAGUCCAUUGUCAGUGGAAUUAUCUUUGACUUGAAGCAUUUUGAUUAUGUUCCUCCAAGGAUUGUAUACAUGAAUUUUUUGUGAUUUUCCUGCUACUGCAUCUUUUUCAAAUUGGCCCUAAGAAUUGUUUUCCUAGUAAAUUUGUAAGCUACUAACUGAUCAAACUGAAAUACAGGUUGAAGUAUUCUACUGCAUACCAGGGCGGGGAUCUGGAGCUCCGGGCAGUUACUGACGAUCAUGUCUCUGAUUUUGGACUUACCUCUGUUGGUUCUGUCCAGUGAAGUGCGCACCAGACCGGGAUGUACAUGCUGUAUUUGAAGACCUCUCUGGAUCAAAACCUUCCACUACCCCUAGAACAGUUCUUUCAAGGUGAAAGGCAAUGUUGUCUCUUCCCGCCACAGAGGCAUGAUCUGUCUUCUAGGUCCCUCCCCUUCCACUGGGUCAGAGAGGUCUGGGGUACCACAGUGUGGUCAGGGACUCGGGGAAACAUGGGGGCUCUCCCUGUGGGGUACUGUGUAGGCAGAGGUUUUCAGGAUGGAGAAAGGAGAUGCAGGAGGCCCAGGUGAGGCCUGGACAAAAGGCCUGCUCCAGCCUGGCCCACCAGGUGAUGAUACGGGCAGGGCAGAGCCAGACACUGGGGCAUUUACAAGGAGCAAGCUGUUCUGUUGCCCACAAAAGGGAUUUUGUGGAGGCCAGCGGGUGGGAGCAGGCCAGUAGAGCACAGCAGUCUGCACCCGCUCCAGCUACCUGCUGUGCCCCGCCCCCAGUCUCAGGUCACUCGCCAUAAGCCAUCACUGUUCUCUGAUCGGAGGUGCUCCUUUUCCCUUUCUUCUAACUUCUAGGUAGAACUAGGAAAUUUGAAGGCACUUUUUUAAGUACCUCUCAAGCAUUGCAAAAUGAUAUCUUGAAGCAGAAUUUCUUGCUUUAGAUGCACUUGGAAGGUCCUCUAAGAUAAAUGGCAGUGAUAAAAUUUACUACCCAUGGCCUAAUAUGUAAAAGAAAUCUCCAAUUGAGAAGGCUGUUGACUCUAGGCUCUCCGUCAAAAUCUAAUAACCUCAUGGUAAAGGUCCCCUCCCUCUUCACUUGGGACAGUGCUGCCUCCACAGUUGCUGCCAGCUUUGCAGACAUGGAAACUGGAAGAGAAGUUGAAGAGACUGUUCACUUCCGAUCCACUACAGUACUAGGUUGCAGGAGUCCUCCACAGCACACCGGAGGUGGUGUCCUGUCGGUAUACUCAUUGCUGCCUUUGGGCUGGAAGCAGGCCCUCGGCCCCCCAGCUCUCCAGGCCCCCAGCACCAUCCCAUCAGCUCCCCCACCCUUCUGGAGGAUACCUCCCUCGUGAACUGUCACACAGGAACUUGGCUCUCCGUGGGUUCCUCGGGGAUGUAGAAUUCCACAGGGUGCUGUCGUGCUUCAUUUUAACUGAAAACGGGAUGUUUUUGCAGAGACAUUUUACUACUAAAUGAACUUUGUCCCUUUUUCUGACCAAACAAUUACUUGAAGCCUUAAAGCAAUAAAUGGGAUCUCAGGAACACUCCAACGGCUUAGACAGCCUUGAUGGGUUUGGUCCCCUCCCUGAGUUCCGGGCGCUGUGCCUGGCCGGAAGGAUGUGUCUGAGAGCCAGAGGAGCUCACUGUUGAAUGUUACUCCCAGAAGUGCUGCUGUUGGGAAUGGCCCACGUAUACAGAAGUUCGGGUUAACCCAAGAUCUGAUGCAGGGUUUCAGCUCUCCCCACACACACAGUGGAUGGGUUACUAAUGUGGGAAGAAAUCCCCUUCUGUCUUGUCUCUCUACCCUUUGUUUCCUUAUGGCUUAGUAAAUUGUCUUCAGUUGUGUUCAUUAUACUAAGGAGAUUAAUAAAAAUUGUCAGAAGUCCACUCA